CCGGCUCACCUUUGCCCAUUUACCUAAUACGUAACCCAGUAGUCCAAUAUCACCAAUCCCCAUCCUCCCCUUCCCUUCUCUCAGCCAUAUUCCACCUCUCCUCCUCCCCGACUCCAUUCCAACUCCCUCUCUUCCUCUAAUUCUUCCCUUCUUCUGGUCUCUCCUCCCUAUGGCUUCCUCCACGAGGAGUUUAGAGACCUCGGCCAAUUCCCAGUCAGCCACCUUCUCCUUCCCGACGUCCACUUCCUUCUCCGAGCUCCUCCUGGGUGCUGGAAAUAAUGAUGGCGAGGACCGGGCGAUGACCGGGGCCAGCCGGGGGUUCUCUGGCAGUAUGGUAAACAGUGGAGCAGCUGGUCCGAAGUUCAAGUCCAUAACUCCUCCUUCACUGCCUAUAUCUCCACCUCCUAUCUCUCCAUCCUCCUACUUUGCCAUUCCACCCGGCCUCAGCCCGACGGAUUUCUUAGACUCUCCUGUUCUCCUCUCCUCUAACAUUCUGCAAUCUCCAACAACCGGUACUUUUGCGACACAAACUUUUAAUUGGAGGGGACCUGCUGUUGAUUAUCAGCAAGGCAUCAAACAGGAAAAUGAGGCCUACUCUGAAUUCUUUUUCCAAACCCAAGCAAGUAAUGGGACCAUGCAAACAUCAUCCCUCUACCCUUCGUCAAUGCCCAUUUCUUUGGAUCAACAAUCAUUCAGUUACCAACAACACAGCAACAAUGCCUACACUAAAUCUGAAUUCGUCGCUCCCAGCCAAACGAGUUCUUCUGGAAUUCCAACCUCACAAGCGAAUAUCCAAGUUAACAAUGGCGGCUACCAAUCUAACGUGAGUCAUUCUGGUCAAGCUGCUCAAACCCUAAGAGCGCAGAGGAGGUCAGAUGACGGCUACAACUGGAGAAAGUAUGGGCAGAAGCAGGUGAAAGGAAGCGAGAACCCUCGCAGCUACUACAAGUGCACUUUCCCGAAUUGCCCGACAAAGAAGAAGGUAGAGAGGUCGUUAGAUGGACAGAUUACGGAGAUUGUGUACCGGGGUUCCCACAACCACCCAAAGCCUCAGGCCACCAGAAGGAACUCGGCUUCCUCUCAAGCAGUUCAGGCUUCGGGUGCUGCUGAAGCAGCCGAUCAUUCUUUCAAGGCACAAUCAGGCAUACUGAUUGACUCCGUUCCGACACCGGAAAAUUCUUCAGCAUCUUUUGGUGAUGACGAACUUGAUAUUAGUAAAUCAGGUGCUGAUGAGUUCGAUGAAGGCGAACCGGAUGCUAAGCGAUGGAAGAAAGAAGGCGAGAAUGAGGGAAUUUCAGCCGUGGGCAAUAGGACAGUUCGGGAGCCGAGAGUGGUGGUUCAAACCACAAGUGAUAUCGAUAUCCUUGACGAUGGGUAUCGGUGGAGAAAAUAUGGGCAGAAGGUGGUGAAGGGGAAUCCGAAUCCAAGGAGCUACUACAAAUGCACCACAGUGGGUUGCCCGGUGAGGAAGCAUGUGGAGAGGGCAUCCCAUGAUCUCAGGGCAGUGAUCACGACCUACGAAGGCAAGCACAACCACGACGUUCCCGCCGCUCGUGGAAGCGGAGUCAGUAGGCCUUCAACAGACAGCAACAACUUCACCACGGCUAUUAAACCCUCAGCAAUGGUGAAUCAUCCUAAUCGAAUCGCUGCUAAUUCUCUUUUUAGUGACAGAACAAGUGCUUCUGUGAGCCAUGCUCCAUUUACACUCGAGAUGCUGCAGACCCCAGCAGGGAGCAAUAUUGGAUUCUCUGGAUUUGAUAACUCGAUGAAUUCUUACAUGAAUCAGCAGCACCAGAGACACAUGGAGGGUGUGUUCUCGAAAACAAAGGAAGAGCCAAGGGAUGACUUGCUUUUCGAGUCAUAUCUAUGCUGAGAUUUAUAGGAGGGAAAAGCAAUAAACGCAGUUGGUUCUACUAGUUAGGAUUCUCAUCAUACAUUUUAUAGGCUUUUUGGGUGUAAAUGGAGUCAAAGUGGUAUAGAAGAUCUAAUCUCAUUUUUUCAUUUGUUUUGAGGCCCAAACCAGGCCUCUCUUACUCCUGAAUGAAUAGCAUCAAGGAGGGAAAGAAAGAGGAACUAAUA